AUGACCCAGAAACCCGACUCGCACACUCUCUUCCAUCUCGUACCCACCAAUCAGUUAGCACAUGAUGCCCUUCUUCACCCCGACAAUCAAAAGUUUGUAUCGAGAAAUGCACACGGCAACCUCGGCCUUGAGAUUGGCUUCCAUGUCUCGUCCAUGCAGCACGGACAUGUCAUCACCAGGCUCGGCCGAGAUGCCGAUCUGAUUCUUUCCCCGCGUCAGCCACAGGAGACCAUGUCCCGAGUUCACGUCGCCUUUGAGGUCAACCCCACCAUAAACAUGGUCGUUCUAUCUGUCCGAUCGAAAAAGACCUCCACCGUCAAGUUCAAGGUGCACCCACCGAAAGAGAAUGGAGCCAACGCCACACACGACAGCCCCGAAGGACGGGACAUGGGCCUCGUUCCGAACAAGGUCUCGGAACAGGCCGAAGCCCAGGAAAUCAUUGGCGACGGCGUUCUUCUCUAUGUACAUGAGUAUGAUAUCUCGAUUGCAUCCUACAGCUUUCAUUUAUGCUGGUGGCAGAGCCCGAGGGCUUGCGAGACACUUGUUCGUGAAGACUACGACACAGCGAGGCUACUGUUGCAGGAAUGCCAAUCGCGUGGUAGAGCAACUGAAUUCGAUGAAGCGGAGGCUCGAUCAUGGUACCUUACGAGGCAGCAAACGGCGGCAAAGACCCAUCGCUUCAAAGAUAUACCACACCUUCGCAAAUCUAAAGGAAGCGGUGCGUUCGGCGAAGUCUUCGAGGCCGUCGACUGGGUCUCAGGCAAUAGGUUCGCCAUCAAAGUGGUCAAACUCAAGAAAGGCAACCACGGUGAUGAGGCACGGGCGACACUCUACCGAGAGAUCGAGAUCUUGAAGCGUUUGAAACAUCCCCAUAUCAUUGAAUGCCUAGGCGUAGAUCACUUCGAUUCUCUCCGCCCAGAGAUCUUCAUGCCGCUCCAAGAAGGUUCGCUGACCGACCUGAUCAUCGCAAAGAAGGCUCCUGAUCAUGCAGCGCUCUGCAAGGAGGUGUUGAAACAGUGCCUCAGCGCUCUCGCCUUUUUGUCAAGCGAGAAGGUGAUCCACCGGGAUGUGAAGCCCGACAACAUUCUCUACAACCCUUUGCCUGAAGAUCAAGGCUUCCUCUUCCAGCUUGCCGAUUUUGGACUCGCCCAGAGCCAGAUGGCAGCCAGGACAGUCUGCGGCACGCCGUGCUAUCAGGCCCCAGAGCUCUGGCCCUCUGAUAGCAAGAUCAAGGCUGGUCAGAGUCCCAAAAUGGACGUUUUCUCUCUUCUCGCCACCAUGCUUGCGAUACAUUGCGAGUUCCGAGGAUUUCCUCCGCCCCACUGCCAGUUCUACGGCGAUGUUCUGCGCGAAAUAGAACGCAGGGUCUCACUAAGUGAGUAUGCGUCUCUUGCGCCCAUGGCAAGGAGGAAUCCACGAGAGAGGGCAUCGGCUGCGCAGAUACUUCAGAUGCUAUUUGACGGCUGGGGACUGCCGUCGGGUCCUCUGAAGACCGGAGACGUCGGCAUCACUGCUCCUCGCCAAGGCCGCGUGAAAGCCGACAGCCGAUUGAUUGUGAUCCCGCCUCCCAUCCCAACCCUACCUCGCAACACGGCCCCACGUCGCACUUUGAAGCGCGGUACAACGGCACCGCCUAGUAAGCCUGUGCAGCCAAAUCGCACCCAGAUCCCACCUCGCAACCCCGCCUCGCUUCUCAACCUCGCUCCGCGUCGCAAUGUGAGGCGCAGCACAACGACACCAACUAAGCCUGUGCAGCCAAUUCGCAACCGGAUCCCGCCACUUCGCAACCGAAUCCCGCCAUUUCGCAACCGGGUCCCGCCUCCUAACCCGGCCCCGCCUCCCAACGUCCCGUCUUCGAAUCCCGUCCCACGUUCCCACCCGGCGCUACGUCCCAUCCCGAGGCGCAGGUCGACGGCAGAGCCUGAGCCUGUACAGCCAAUUCGCAAACACCAAGGUGGCAUUGCAAAGCGCCGCGCCGCGAGCAGCAAGCUCAGGGCUGAUACCCUUGCUGGCCUGCUUCUGGAGCCAGCCAAGCCACAUGCAGGUUCCGACUCAAUAAGUGCUAAGAUUCGCAUGAUGCCUGGCGCAUAUGUCGACUCAGACUGA